GGCGAACCUCCGAUUUGGCUGCACCGACGGAGCUCGACGCUGAGCUUCAACAUAGAGGUGUCGUAUAUUUCACAAUCAGUGAAGAUCGAAUCUUAAAACCAUGGCUUCUCCGACUAAUUCACAGAAAACAGUUUCGGAUGACGAUGAGGUUGAUUACUCCAUCAAACCAGAAUUCUAUGAUUCAGAUCUUGAUGAUAAAGAUGAGCUUUGGAUGGUUAAGAAGAGAGAUGGUCGUACUUCUGAUGCUGUACUUAGCUGUCCAGCUUGUUUCACCACUGUCUGCUUAGAGUGUCAGAGGCACGAGCAGUAUGUGACACAGUACAGGGCAGUCUUUGUGGUCAAUUGCAAAGUAGAUACAGACAGAGUUUUGCAACAAAAUGCAAUGCCUUCAAAGGUUGGUAAAAGAAGGAGAGAUUCCGAGAUGCAAGAAACUGGUUCUGAAGACAACGAAAAAGUUAACCCGGUCUUUUGCUCGGCUUGUUCAACAGAGAUCGGAGUAGUUGACAGUGAAGAGAUCUACCAUUUCUUUAAUGUCAUCCCAAGCGAGCCUUGAUACAACCUGGUUUUAUGAGUUGUUUGUAACGAGUUCGAAACAUGUGAUUAGGAUUUAUGUUUCGAUUGUUUGAUAAAUUUUUAAAAAUCAA